CCCACCGACCACCCUCCGGGCCAUGCCUCGCUUCAAGAUCUCCCGCAAGAAAAGGAAAAGUCCUCGUUUCCUGCCCGUCUGGUACCGCUGCAGCCUUGGGGGGCGGCGAUCGCGGCAGGGCUGUCGGGACGCCCGUCCGGUGAUGAUGAUGAUGAUGAUCCGGCCCUGAGAGAGUCAAGCCUCGUCGUGGUUGGGCCGCCUGCCUUGAAGCUGCUUCGCCCGCUCCCGUGGCUGGAAAGGCGCCGAUCCUCGUUCCGGGCUCCGUUGGCUUUCCUCCAGUCGCCGCCCGUCCAGUCCGUCCUUCCCUCCUUUCCCCUUGCUGGACCGAUGUCGCCGCUUUUCAGCAGCCGAGAUCUCCCGCAGUUACGGCCGUUUUCAACCUUCCCAGCUGCGCCUGUAUAGCCUCGGAGGUCGCCGCUGGCCCACCUGUCCUUCGAAACUUCCAGCCCUGGAAAAGUUGCGCUGCGCUCCCUUUAAUCUCCCCCCCGCGUGGGUUUAUAACAAAAAAAAAAAAUACUCUUCCACCGCCUGUCUGGGGGAUUGCGCUUUCUCUUUUCCUUGGAUUCCGUCUAAGGCUUGCAAGGAACUUCAGGAACUUCAAAGGAUGGGAAAGCCUCCUGCCUGAAACUUGGAAGGCUGCCAAGAAAAACAAGGAGGGGGCCGGGGAGGCGGUGGUGGUGGCGGCUCAAGAAUGUAGGAUGGGAGCUUCCAAACUGGCUUCUUUGGGGAUCUGCCCCUCCCCACCAUCUCAAAGGCGCCCAGGUGUUUGUGGCUUUCCUUUACUUUGGGUGUAGGGCUCCAUGGAAGCUACCAGCCGGGAUUUGGGGGCCUGUGGCUCCGAUUCCACUUAACCAGCCUUCCUGCCCUACUCUUCAUCCUGCCCAGCUGACCUGGAAGCCGGAGGGGAUGCAGUUGGCGAAGGCCCGCCUUGCUGCCAAGGUAUAUCCAGUGCCAACGAAGGCAUGGGGAGGACCCUGUCUUCUGCCGGCCGCUGACUGACCUUUGAUCCCCCUGCCAAAGAGGUGGGGGGGACUGGGAAAAAAAAGAACCCAGCUGCCUUUCAAUGUGACGGGACCUUCCUCCUCCUCCUGCUCCGACCUCCCACCCAACGAUGGAGCUGUCCGAGGUACGUUGUUUGAGCGACAGCGAUGAGUUGUACACCAUCAACCAGACGCCCCCUAGCGGCGGUGCCCGCUCCCAACGCCUGCUGUGGCAGACCGCCGUGCGCCACAUCACCGAGCAGCGUUUCAUCCAAGAACACUGCAGUGGCAAAGCCCUCGGUUCCGAAGAGUCCUGCUGCCCCAACCACAGCCACCCUUCCCGGCGUCAGUCCGCGGGCAAGAGCCUCAGUGGCCACAACAACGGGGGCACCAAAGUCUUCCCCGAGCGCAGCAGCAGCAGUGGCGAUCUGGGCUUCCUGCACCUGGAUUGUGCUCCCAGCAACUCCGAUUUCUUCCUGAACUGGGGCUACACUUACCGGGGUGUGAUCUUCCCCACUUUACGCAACUCCUUCAAGUCUCGGGACUUGGAGCGCCUCUACCAACGCUACUUCCUGGGCCAGAGGCGGAAGUCGGAAGUGGUGGUGAACAUCUUGGAUGUGCUCACCAAGCUGACUCUCCUGUUGCUCCACCUGACUUUGGCCUCGGCCCCCAUGGACCCCCUCAAGGGCAUUCUGCUGGGCUUCUUCACGGGCAUCGAAGUGGUCAUCUGUGCCUUAGUGGUGGUCAGGAAGGACACGACCUCUUACACCUACCUGCAGUACAGCGGUGUGGUCACCUGGGUGGCGAUGGCCACCCAAAUCUUGGCUGCGGGCUUGGGUUGUGGUCUCCUCGGCGACGGCAUUGGCUACGUGCUCUUCACUCUCUUUGCUACCUACAGCAUGCUCCCUCUGCCCCUCACCUGGGCUAUUUUGGCUGGCUUAGUUACCUCCCUCCUGCAGCUCAUCAUGCAGACCUUCAUCCCUAGACAGGUGGUGAUUUCCAUCAAUCAGACAGCAGCUCAGGCGGUUUUAUUUAUGUGCAUGAAUACCGCUGGGAUCUUCAUUAGCUACCUGUCGGAUCGAGCUCAACGCCAAGCUUUCUUAGAGACCCGAAGAUGUGUAGAAGCUCGACUGCGGCUGGAAACUGAAAAUCAGCGUCAGGAGCGGCUGGUUCUGUCUGUGUUGCCUCGAUUUGUCGUGCUAGAAAUGAUUAAUGACAUGAGCAAUGUGGAAGGCGAACAUUUACAACACCAGUUCCAUAAGAUCUAUAUUCACCGUUAUGAAAACGUCAGCAUUCUUUUUGCAGAUGUGAAAGGAUUCACCAAUCUCUCUACAACAUUAUCGGCUCAAGAGCUGGUACGGAUGCUGAAUGAACUUUUUGCCAGAUUCGAUCGCUUAGCACACGAACAUCACUGCCUUAGAAUUAAGAUCCUGGGAGAUUGCUACUACUGUGUCUCUGGUCUUCCCGAGCCUCGGCAGGAUCACGCUCACUGUUGCGUUGAGAUGGGACUCAGCAUGAUCAAAACCAUCAGGUAUGUUCGGUCAAGGACAAAGCAUGAUGUGGACAUGAGGAUCGGCAUACACUCUGGAUCUGUGCUGUGUGGGGUCCUGGGUCUGCGGAAGUGGCAAUUUGAUGUCUGGUCGUGGGAUGUAGACAUUGCGAACAAACUUGAGUCAGGUGGAAUACCUGGGCGAAUCCACAUAUCCAAGGCGACUUUGGAUUGUCUCAAUGGGGAUUACAAAGUGGAGGAAGGACACGGCAAAGAACGCAACGAAUUUUUGAGGAAGCACAACAUCGAGACCUACUUGAUCAAACAGCCCGAGGAAAACCUGCUGACUUUACCCGAAGACAUUGUCAAAGAGUCGAUCCCUUCUUCGGAUAGGAGAAACAGUGGACCCACUUUCACGGAAGGAUCCUGGAGCCCCGAGCUGCCUUUUGAUAACAUCGUGGGAAAGCAGCAUACUCUGGCUGCCCUAACAAGAAAUUCAAUAAAUCUGCUUCCAAACCAUCUUGCACAAGCUUUGCAUGUCCAGUCUGGGCCUGAGGAAAUUAACAAGCGAAUAGAACACACCAUCGACUUGCGGAGUGGCGAUAAAUUGCGAAGAGAGCAUAUCAAGCCUUUUUCCCUGAUGUUUAAAGACUCUGGCCUGGAACAUAAGUACUCCCAAAUGAGGGAUGAGGUGUUCAAGUCAAACUUGGUGUGUGCAUUAAUUGUCUUGGUAUUUAUCACCGCCAUCCAAAGUCUACUUCCGUCCUCGAGAAUGAUUCCGAUGAUUGUCCAGUUUUCAAUUCUAAUUAUAUUACAUUCAUCUCUCGUGCUGAUAACCACUGCAGAGGAUUACAAAUGCUUACCCCUGGUGCUCCGGAAAACUUGCUGCUGGAUUAAUGAGACCUACCUGGCCCGAAAUGUCAUCAUCUUUGCCUCAAUUAUGAUUAAUUUCUUGGGAGCCAUCAUCAAUAUUCUCUGGUGUGACUUGGACAAACAACUGCCUUUUAAGAAUCAAACUUUCAACUCUUCAGUAUAUUUUACAGAUAUUUGCUCGUAUCCAGAGUAUUUCGUCUUUACUGGUAUCCUGGCUAUGGUGACCUGUGCCGUGUUUCUCCGUCUCAAUUCGGUCCUUAAGUUGGCCGUGCUCCUCAUCAUGAUUGCGAUCUACUGCUUCCUGACCGAGUCCAUUUAUGCUUCCCUUUUUCUCCAGUACGAUGACAUCAAUCAUAACGGAGACACGGAUUUCCUGGGGACGAAAGAAGCUUCCUUGCUCCUCAUGGCCAUGUUUCUGUUAGCUGUGUUCUAUCACGGCCAACAGCUUGAAUACACAGCAAGGCUUGACUUUCUGUGGCGUGGCCAGGCCAAAGAAGAAAUCAACGAGAUGAAGGAAUUAAGAGAACACAACGAAAACAUGCUACGCAAUAUCCUGCCAAGCCACGUGGCCCGUCACUUCCUGGAAAAGGAUCGAGAUAAUGAAGAUCUCUACUCUCAGUCCUACGAUGCUGUUGGCGUCAUGUUUGCCUCUAUCCCCGGUUUUGCCGACUUCUAUUCCCAGACUGAAAUGAACAACCAGGGCGUGGAAUGCCUACGACUGCUGAACGAAAUCAUCGCUGACUUCGACGAGUUAUUAGGUGAAGAACGAUUUCAGGAUAUUGAGAAAAUUAAAACCAUCGGAAGCACAUAUAUGGCGGUAUCAGGCCUAUCGCCUGAAAAACAGCAGUGUGAAGAUAAGUGGGGCCAUUUAUGCGCCCUGGCAGAUUUCUCCAUUGCAUUGAAUGAAAGCAUUCAAGAGAUUAACAAGCAUUCUUUUAACAACUUUGAGCUUCGCAUCGGUAUCAGCCAGGGCUCGGUUGUAGCUGGGGUUAUUGGUGCUAAGAAACCACAGUAUGAUAUCUGGGGCAAAACUGUUAAUUUAGCUAGUCGAAUGGACAGUACUGGAAUUAGUGGCCGAAUACAAGUGCCUGAGGACACCUAUCUGAUCUUGAAGGACCGGGGAUUCGCCUUUGACUAUCGGGGAGAGAUUUACGUCAAGGGCAUCAGCGAGCAAGAAGGCAAAAUCAAAACCUACUUCCUCCUGGAAAGAGUCCAGCCCAACCCUUUGACCAUGCAACCAAGAAAACUAACAGGACAAUAUUCCUUAGCUGCUGUCGUGCUGGGGCUCGUGCAAUCUCUGAACAGGCAAAAGCAGAAGCAAAUUUUAAACGAGAACAAUAAUUCAGGCAUCAUUAAGGGUCAUUACAAUCGGCGGACUUUACUAACUCCGGGCGGGUCCGAGUCAGCUGCCCAAGCAGAAGCCGCCGACAAGACGGAUUUGCCAUAAGCCUGCAUCUUCCUUGUGAUUUCUUUCCUUUCCUUUUUUUUUUAAUUUCUUUUAUAUAUGAAAUAAAUAUAUAAAUAAAUAUGUUUUAAUUUUUUUU